GUAACAACCAAGAAGCUUCGACACCAACUACGUUGAAGCGCCGCAAAUUUAAGCUAAUGUAAUUAGUGGUUAUAUUCGUUGUAAUGACACCAUAACCAGUAAAAUGAUGAAACAUUAACUAGCAUUUUUUUUUAGCCCAGCUGUUGUCGUUACUGGAUGUAGGGGGACAUUCAAGUGUAAGGGAUGGGAGAGCCGCCUGUAGUGACCCUUCAGCAGCAGGAAGGUGGAAGGUAGUAACGGUUCUAAAGCAAUGUUGGGCUGUUAUAUAAAAUGAAGAAGAUAUUUAGCUUUACUAAGAAAAAGAAACACUCACAAGGGACCCCUGACAAUGGGAGUGUUCUUUCUGCUGGCUAUGACCUGAAAGACAAGGAUCUUGGGAAGGUUCACAAAGCUGCCUUACAGGGUGAUUUGGCAAAGCUGAAGCAGCUAGCUAAGAAGAAUGACAUUAAUCAACUUGACAAAGAGAACAGAACUGCACUUCAUAUUGCCUGUGCUAGUGGCCAUGUUGAGGUGGUGCACUUCCUUGUUGAGAGCAAAGCCAAGCUUAACCUAUGCGACAAUCAAAAUAGAUCCGCCUUAAUGAAGGCGGUGCAGGGCCAGCAUGAGCGCUGCGUGAACAUAUUGUUGGAAAAUCAUGCUGAGCCUAAUUUGGUGGACAUCAAUGGUAAUACAGCCCUCCAUUUAGCAGCAAACAUCCCUUCCUUAUCCACAGCUGUGCUCUUGUUGCAGCACGGGGCUGAGAUCAAUGCUCAGAACAAGGAGGGCUUUACACCCUUGACUGUAGCAGUUCGUGAGGACCACAUUGAGAUGGCCGAGUUUCUGCUCAAAGAGACUGCUGAUGUUAAUUCUACAGAUCAAGACCAAAGGUCCCCAUUAAUGUUAGCUGCUGGAAAUGGACAAAUCAGUAUGGUGAAGCUGCUCUUGCAAUUUGAUGCAGAUAUCAUACUCAAAGAUGCCAAAGGAUGGUCCGCUGAUGACUAUGCAGUGAUGAAUGGGCAUCACCCUUGUUCCCUCCUGAUCAUAGAGCAUGGUACCCAGAGGACGGACCGGGCCUCAGGAUCACAUCAAGGUCCAAGUAAGAAGAAAAAAAUGUUGGGCAGUCCCUCCCAAGACUUUGAAGCAGGCUUCUCUUUGGGAGGACCAGCCACUGACAAAGAUGAGCAUGGAGCAAAUGAAGCAGGGGGAGAUUUUGAGGACAAUUCCCAGUCUGAGUCAUUAAGUCGGGUUUCAAAAAGUGCUGCCGAUGAAUGGCUCUCCUCAGAGGAUGAGGAUGAAUCUGUUUUACUUGAAAAGAAACCAUUAAAAGUCAACCUGAGCAAAAUGAUCAAAAAGGGGAAAGCCUCUGCACUACAAGACACAUCUUUGAGUGGCACAGAAUCAGAACCAGAUAAUGAAAAUGGAAUGCAGAGAAUCCCAUCCCUCCCAAAGGCUUCAUCUCCCAUCAAACCUCUGCAGCACCUAGUAGAUCCCCCUCCUGUUUCCUUCCUUUCCAAUGAACCCCAGAUGACUUCCACUCCUCUUCCAAACUACAGAAAGAAAGAAGAUUCCACUGAGGAUGAGGAGGAGAAAGAGCAGGAACAACUUGAGGAAGCAGAGGAAGAUGAUGUGUCAGAUCAGGAUGACCAACCCGAAGAUAGCAGAGAGUCUCCAAAUGCCACUUCACCCAUUCCUGAUGAGGGAGUCCGCAGGGAUAAGAAAAGGGAUUUUCUGUCUGAACUGGGUCUGGAGAAAGACGAAGAAGAGCAGGAUUUAUGGGACUCUGAGUCAAAUUCUGAAAACUCUGACAUGGCUCAUGAAGAGAAACUAGGUUUGCAGACCCAGACUCAAGAGACAUCCACUACAGAAGAAGCACUGCAAGAAAAUUUGUUUUACGUCCCUUCUUUUUUAAGAAGGAAGGGAGACAGUAGGAUGGCAGAGCUAGAGCCUCGCAGAAGUGUAGGCAGGCCAAAAGGCAGCCAGGGAGAGGCUGGAAACAACAGUAAUGGCAAUAAGCAAGGGGAACCAGUUCAUAGAGAUCAAUGUCAACUGAAAGAGAAUGAAAGGGCAAAAUGGGAACCUGUUCUGAGCAAACAUGAAGGAGAUGUUGACCCAAAGAAAGAUUUAAUGGAAGAGCUUGGUUUGGGUAAUGUUGAUGAUCUCGAAGAUGCAUCAGACUGGGAUUCUGCCAGUACUGCCAGUAAGAGGACCCUACCUGGCCGCAGAAUGGCUUCCCCUGGGUUGGAGGAGUUUACAGAGUGCUUCACUUCAGCUGUUCAUGAGACGGCAGAGGAUGUUGCUCCCGUAGCAUCCACAACACCUGAGAGAAGCAUCAGGUCUGAGAAAAGGCUGCCCGGCACACCCUCAAACUCUGCUCCCCAACCCCAACCUCGCGCAAGGAAGAUAGUGCAUCAGAAACUAGAGAGUGAGGAAGAAUCAGAUUGGGAAUCCGACAAGAUAACUUCCCCUGGCAAAACAUCUCCGACUGACAAUCAGCUUCAAAAUAUAUCUGAGCCUCCAACACUGGUUAAACCAGAUUCCCCUGAGCUCUCACUGAAGACAGAAGACACAAAAAGUAGUGUGGAGCUUGAUAAACAAGACCAAGAGGAGAAAGAUGUUGCAAUAGAUAGAUGUGUGUUAGAUCUGAAUAACUCAGGCCAAGUGGAUGAUGACUUUAGAGGCCAAUGCAGUCCUGAAGACAGAGAUGGUGGGAGAGAUGACGUACCAUGGGAGAAGCGUUAUGAGAAGCUCUGGGUAGAGGUGGAGAAAAAGGAAGUAAAGUCCACCUUCAAGAGUGUUGCUGGUGAAUUAAAAGAGAGGUUUGGAGAGCUGUUUAAAUCAAAGCAUCCAGCAGACAAGGCCACAGGAGAGGCCACAUCUGCAGAGGAAGAGUCAAGCGAUGAAGAAGAGGGUGAAAUCAUUGUUCGUCCCACAGCUAGAGCAAGGAGUACUGUCCUUCUUACCAUACCCGAGCAGAGAGAGUCUGGACUGGAAGACUCCCCGACAGCGUCGCCUGACAACUCCUUAUGUGAGGAGAGGAUGGAGGACUGUGAGGAGCCUGCUAGUGACAGCAGCAGUUGUCAAGAACCAGCUGAUGAUUUUAUACCUGCUUCACCACAGCUCACCACAGCACAGAAAGAAAGCAUAGAUGGCAUAAACCAUUCAACCAAAGCUUUUAGUGUUGGUAACACCAAACCUGUCUGUGCUACUGACCAGAGCUCAUUCUUAAAAGACGACAGUAAGCAACAUGUAGACCAAAACUUAAAAGAUGAAGCUGACAGGAACGGUGCAAGUUCAGAGGACAAAUUUGCAGUGCAUGCGAUCUCUCAGCUGCCCUCACAAAGCCAACGUCCUUGUGUCACUGAUGAAGAGCUGGAAGCAGACAUGGAAGGGUUGAACCUUGAGGUAGGGAUGCCGCAAGUUGUCUUCUUCGAUUUGGUGAAAGAAAAGACCCAACUCAGGAAAGAGGUAGGUCAAGAAACAGCGAAGGCUCCAAUGGAAGUUAAAAAAUCAAGUGCUUCCUGGGAUGGUGGAGGAACAGCACUGGAAGAAGGUUGUUCUGAGAAACUUGAGACUGGUUUAGGCUGCCUGUCAAGUCCAGUCGGAGGAAUUAAUCAGGAGCAACAACCUGUUGUCUCUAAAAGCACCAACAGGGCUCCAGUGCAAUUGCAUCUCCCACUCCAGCAGAGCUGCAAUAGCAAGGAACAAGAGGCGCAAGCUGUAAAAGGGACGUUACAGCUGGAGCUGGUCAGGGGGGUCCGGUGCAGCGGAGCCCCUCAGACCAAAACACAUGUUAACGGAGAUCCUCUCUCUGUGUUUGACGAUAGCUCUUUAAGUGACGUGUCGGACGAUGAAGGAAGGUUGCCAACUAUUGGACAACAGAAAAUCAAGAGCCCUGAAGAAUUGGACAUGGCGGAAGAUUUUGAUGAACUCUCUCAGUCUUCUGACACAGCCACAGAUGACAUUGACUCACCCACUUCAGGAUGCCGUCAUGCAUCUCUCCUCAUUCAGAAGCUGGACUCUGCCAUAUUGGACUCAACAAGCAUUGCAAAGCUGCAGAACAUUUUCCAUGAAUAUGAACGCUCCAUCCAAAAGACAAGAAGUCGCCAUGGGUAUCUAGCAGACAAGGCAAACCAGCUAGAAAUGGAAAAGGCAGAGUUAAAGAGCUCACUGGAGGAAGUCAAAGACAUUAAAUCUGUGCUAGAGCGCAACCAGUUGGAAUUACAGACUGAAGUCACAAACCUCAAAUUUCAGCUGAAACAGGAGCAGGAGAAUCGUCGUAAUGCCACCAUGAUGUACAACAGCAGCAGAGAUAAGCUGAGGAGGACAGAGGAGCAGCAUCAGCUAGAGGUUCAGGAGAGACAGAAGGUGGAGCUCACACUCAGAAACAGGGAGCUGGAGAUGAGAACGCUGAUCAGCGACAGGAAGCAGCUUGAAGAGGACCACAGUGAGAUCCAGAGGCUGCUGGCACAGGAGCGCAGUGCACGGACUCUACAGGAAAAUCUGCUCAACAGCCAUCUCCGCAAGCAGCAAGAGAUAGAGGAGGAGAACAAAAGAACCAUGAGAAAAAGCAAUGAGGCUUUGUCUCAACUCACCGAGGCCAGUGACCGGGAAAGGGAGCUGCUUCAGCAGAUCUCUAGCUUACACGAGCAGCUGACUGUGCUUAGGACGGACCUUGAACGAUCACAGGCAAACUGCAGUCUCAAGGAGAGCCACCUUCUGGAGGAGAAUGAGGCCCUUAAAGAACAGCUUGAAGAUGUUCGACGAGAUCUCAAACACAGCAGUGAAACUGUGACCCAAACUGUUUUCAGCUGCAAUAACCAACUGACCACCCUGAAGAGCGAGUUGACGGUAACAAAAACCAGACUGGAAAAUGAGCGUCAUAUUCGCGAUGCGUUGGAGGUGGAGGUAGAGUCAACUCGCACCCGGCUUGCCGGAGCAGUAAAGGAAGCUGAGCUUCGCCUGGCAGCACACUCUGAAACCGAGAAAGCUCUGCUCCGGGAGAGAGAGGACCACCAGCGUCUUAAAGACAGACUCGCAGGUGAAGCAGCCAGUCAGCGUGAGGCAGUCAACAGCCUCUCCCAGAAGCUGACCAAAGAAGAAGCUCAUGCAAAUAGCAUGGAAAAUGAGCUUCACCGGGUCACACUGCAGCUGACUGAGAAGGGCAUGUUGCUAGAUGUCCUGCAGCGUGAGAAAGACCAGACUGCUGCACGUGUAAAAGAGCUAGAGACCACUUUGCAGGCUGAGAGGGAGUUGGUCAGCCGUGCUGGAGCACGCCAAGAAGCGACACAAGAAAGACUAGCCCAAGCCCAAAGUGAGUCCAUGUUACUAAGGCAACAGCUAGAAGAAGCCCAAAAUAAAGGCGUUGCAAAGGAGAAGGCUGUGACAGAUGCCCAAGAGCGUUUCAGUGACAUUCUGUCCAAACUGCGCUCUGACUGCGAGGAGAGGGUUCAGCUAGUCGAGGACCGAAAUAAAGAACUUGCUAGUAAGGCUGCUGAUCUCCGUGAUCAGAUCUAUAAGUUAGAGGAGGAGAAGAAUCAAAGGGAGACUAAUCUAAGGCAGCUGCAGCAGGAGCUUGCUGACUCUCUCAAGAAGCUGUCAAUGAGCGAAGCUUCUCUCGAGGUCAACACACGCUAUCGCAAUGACCUGGAAGAAGAGAAGGCUCGACUCCUCAAAGACUUGGAAAGGCUCAAAGGAAAGCUUGAGGACAGUGAAGAUCAGUACAUUCAGGCUGAGAAACAUAUUAACAGUCUGAAAAGCAGUCUGGAUGAAAGGGAAAAGGAACUCACCACUGCUGCUCAGAAACUCCAGGAGGCGCUGUCUGCCUCUGCAGCUUCUGAUCUCGCCAUUAAACAGCUGGAGGAAGCAGUGCAAAGGUUGGAGAUUGAGAAUGCCAGACUGGAAGCUGCUGCUAAGCAACAGUCCAACAAAAUUGAAGCUCUACAGAAAGGAGCUCAGGAAGCCGCCAUGCUAACUGACUGCUCACCUGGAGGAGGGGUCCGCAGUCGUUUGGAGGGCUUGGUAACAAAUCUCCAAAGCAGUAAGAUGACUUUGGAAGACCAACUCAGUAGAGAGGUCCAGAAACAAAGCAUGCUAUCUCACACAGCCCAGGAUUCUCAGGCCCUGUGGGAGGAGGAGCUGAAAAGCCGUUCAAAGUUAGGACUGCGCCUUGCUGAGCUUGAAAAGGAAAAAGGGGAGCUGAGCAGCCAGAUGGAAAUAGAAAAGAAGAAAGCCAAGAAAAUCACAGAGCAGAAGAAGGCUGUCGACACUCGUCUUGAUCAAGAGAUGAAGAGAAACACAGAACUUCAGAAAGAAAUGUACAGGCUGCGCACUUUGUUAAAGACAGCAAAAAAGAAACUGCGGGAUCAAGAUGCUGGAGGGGCAGAGUUUGGAUCGCCAAUAAACAGUCUAAGAAUGGACCUGGGCAGACACAGCCAGGUUGAUGGUGGCUUUGGGCGGAUAAAAGACAAGGUGGAUGAUCUACAGGUGCAGCUGGAAAAGGAAACAUCGCGGCGCAGCCAGCUGGAAAAAGUAAAUGUGGAGCUUAACGAUCAGGUGGCCUCCCUGAAGAGCUUGAGCCAUUGCAAUGAUCAGCUGGAGAGGAGUAGGAGGCAGCUAGAGGAGGAGGUGCUGAACCUGAGACGACAAAUGGAGGCUGCUCAGGUGGAGCAAAGCCAGGUGGACCAGUUUCGCCAUGAGGCAGAGGAGAGAGCCCGGCAAGAGAUAAAACAGAAACUAGAGCAGGUGAACCUCUUCCUCCAGUCUCAGGCAGCAUCCCAAGAAGCUUUAGAUCAAAUUAAAGCUGCCAAUGAGGCGAACCUGCGCUCUCAGCUGGAGCAUAAGAUCCGCGAGCUGGAGGGGGAACUGGGUCGGGCCCGCAACACCCAGCAGGACAGCCUUAACCAAAGGGACUCCACACGCACAGAGCUGGAGCGAUAUCGCCAACUCUACACAGAGGAGAUGCGCCUCAGAAAGUCCCUCGCUGCUAAACUGGAGAGGGCCAACAGUCGCCUCACAGAAGCCAAUUCCAAGUUACUCAGCGAGCGGAGCAGGUCUCUUAUCACCGGCAACAUCACAAAUGGAAGCCUUAUGGGGCCUUCGAUGGAUCUGAGCUCUUUGGGUUCACCACCAAACUACGGGGCUACACUUGGGCCCCUCAACAGGAGUCUCAGCCUGGGGCUCUCCCUCCUCAGCCCUGUGAAUGAGGGACAGAACAGCCGGGUGGAGGACUAUCUGGCCAAGAUGCAGAGCGAGUUGGACAGAAACAUAACAAAAGAACUGAGCAGCGCCACAGCAGAGCUGGACGCUGCCUCGGCUCGUAUGUCUCCUGUGGGCUCAGCCUCAAGAGUGGAGCUGGACCCCAUCAGCAGGGCAAAGCAGCAGUAUGUAGAAGUACUAAAGAAGAACAACAGGAUCUGACUUCACGUUACAGCUGCUUGCCUUUAAAAGUUGUACAUCAGCCAAUAAAACUCUAAAGCCAACUCUGAGAAUAUAUAACGCACAUUGCACUUACCCACUCAGGAGCAAAGGGUGUGACACACACAGAUAUAAUUAGAGACAACCUCAAAAGUAUUAGAAUUUUCUGGCUUAAUGUUGUGGUUUGGAUUUUUAUUUGUGAAUGUUAGUGUUCCUAAAUUUGGAUUUCUAAGUACGUGUAUUUGUCAUUAUUUUUGCCAAGAUGUUACAUUUUGGUACGUGCCAUCAGAUGGUGCAAUAUCGCUUACGUCUCACUUGUAGUAUUGUGGCAUUGUUAUUUUAUUUAUUCAUUUACUAAAUGAACAAGAUAUACUUGAAAAAGACGAGCUGGAAAAUUCUCCAGCUAUAGAAAACAGGGUGAUCACUUUUGUAUAAGUGUCAUUUCAGUUCUUGGUUGGCUCGAUUUAAGGGCCUCUAAAAGUUUCUUUGUUUCAUCAUAUCUAAAUACUGUAACAAAAUAAACUGACUAUAAUAGGAUCACAUUUACUUCAACAGUGACGUGAAAGGUUUAUUCUGAUUAUGUCAACUGUACUUCAAGUCUUAUCAGUUUGUGUCUAUAUUAAACAUUUUAUUGAAAUGGA